GAACUCGCAUACCAUUUGAAUACUUGGUAAUUGCCACCGGCUCUAAUUACUCUAAACCUGCAAAGGUGGUAGCAAAUAAUGAAGGCGUUACUGAAAUAGUCGCACAAAGAAAAGCUGUAAAAAACGCGAACAAGAUUUUGAUUAUCAGUGGUGAUCCAGUAGAUAUUGAACUUGCUGGAAAAAUUGCAUCAGUUUAUAAUGACAAAGAAGUUACACUUGUUCAUUCGGAAGAUCGUUUGCUUUCGGAACAAUUUCCCAAAAAAACGAUAGAUCUUGCGAAACAAUUGAGAGUAUUAAAUGCAAUCCUUAUUUUUGGUAAAAAAACUGGUAGUGUGGUAGUGUGA